AUGCGAGAAAUAACUCCUCGGAAAACAAGAAAUGAAUAUGAAUCGUCGGAUGAUGUGACAUCUUCGAUACAAAAUAUAUUGGGGAGUAACGACCUGCCUAAUAAAAAUAUCGAAAUAUUAGAGGGGUCGAGCUUUUUAAUGGAAAACAGAGAUCGUUCAAUUGCCUUUUUUCAACUGGAAUGUCCAGGUGUUCAAUCCGCAUUGAAGUACUUUUUUCAUGCAACAAAACUGAUGGAAGAAGAAGUCAUGCUACCAACACGUUUGAAAGAUUUAGCAUCCGAAAAAUAUUUGCUACAGAAUGAAUCUUCAAAUUGUAAUAUUUGUUUAUCACCGCAACUUUUAUAUCACUUUAGUGCAACUGGUAUGCUAUCUGAUCAGCCUAGUUGUCAUGAAUUAUUUUAUUUCAUUCAACGUAUUCGAGAUCAUCUAAGGUGCAUGAAGCCAUUUAUGUCGGAAGAGAACAAUCCUAAAACAACGACAGUCACUGAUAGUAAUAAAGUAUUAUUGGAGUUAGAAGAAGAGGAGCCACAAACAUUCUGUGAAAAUGAGGGGUUCAAUCUUUUAUUAUCACAAUUAACAAGUUAUUACUACGGUUUAGUUAAUAUACUAAAAUAUUUAGCGCACUUAGCUCAAUGUGUUACGUCGAGAUAUCAUGAAGCUAUCUGUACGAAUUGUGGAUAA